GUUAAGCCCGAAAUUAUUGUAUAAACUUUUUUUUGUUUUUUAUUAUAAUUAUUGUUAUCUUAUUACUCAUAAUGAUUUAUUGUCAGUUAUCAUGAUCAGCUUUAUUGAGAUUUUCUUAUUUAUUAUCAAUCUGUCAAGACAAUGACAAAAUAAUCAGUAAAAGCACAAGUUGAAGAUGAAAAUACUCAUAAGCCAGAAAAGAGAGAAUAUCAGUAAGAUAAUGAAACCAAUCAACUCUUCCAUCUAUUUGGUUUGCAAUUUUGGCGAAAUUUUUCAAUCAAAAGUUGUUCUCAUUGGUUGUUUGGAAGCGAGUUAACUCUGUACAUCCUCAUACAUAAGCUUAAUACCUUUUAAAAACAUCUGACGGGCUUUGUUUUGACAACUAUCAUUGAUGUAAAUAUUCAUAUUACUCAUUUAUAUUUACGAUCAUAAUUAUAAAGUUUAAAUCAGAUUGUGUUAAAUAUGCUCCCAACAAGUGGUUAUUUCAAGAAUCUCCAUUGUCCCUAUUAUAAAAGUGGAUUUUGCUGUCGCCCCCAUUGUCAUUACAAACAUGCCAGUGUUACUACUGCUAAAACAUAUAUACCUACACCAAUCAAUAAGAUUCCUGAAUACAAACCGACACCCAUUGCCGAAUUAAGAAAGCGAAAAGCUAGUGAGUUAUCAAAUUCAAAUGAGCCAUUGGUGAAAGUAAAGAAAGAACCAAUUGACGAUGAGUGUGAUAUCAUUGCAACUAUUGUUGGCGACAAAGCCAAUGCCUCCGAGAAAGAAUUUAAGGACAAGACUAAGGAAAUAAACAAAGAAAGUAUUAAGGAUAAAGCAUCUAACCAGCUUAAUGGUAAACUAAACAAAACCAAGACACAACCCACUGUGAAAGAAGAACUAAAAAAGAAGAAGCUAUCUAAAGAUUCAAAGACGGAUCUGACCAAAUCUAUUAACAAGUCAACUUCAGAAGAAAAAAAAUUGCCUCCAACCAAAGAAUCAGUCAAGUCUUCAUCAUCCAAAAAUCCAUGUACAACUCCAAGUUCAACAAAAUUAAACCAUGAUGGAACUAAAAAAUCUGUGAAAGUUUCUGCUACCAAAUCGGACGACUCAGCAUCAUCAUCAUUAACAUCCCAGUCAUCAACUGUCGAUACAUCCAAAAAAUCUCCAUCGAAACUGGUAGCAGAUAGUCAAAAGAAAGACGAUUUAGCUGAAUUAUUAGAAUCUCCACCCACAGAAGACGAGUUGAAUCAAGUUUCUGUAGCAAAAAAAUCAAGAGUCGCUCACAGCGGACCAUCUGAACUGACGAUGAAAUUGUCCAUGGCGAAGAAACCAGUUAAAUUGACACCUUCACAAAUAAUGUUUAACCGUUUCAACGAUCUAGCAAGCAAAGAAUCAAUCAAUGAACCUCAGUUAAACGAUGCAAAUGCAAAGAAGAGAAUCGCUCACAAUUCAAUCAUUAAAACCUCUUCAAGCCCAAGCACAGCUCAAAAGGCAACACCCGCUUUGCCUACAAAGAGACGCCCGGUGAUACCCAAUGAGUUUGGAGGGAAAAUUCCCAUGGCUAUUCGGACUCGAUAUCUCAAUAAUUUCAUCGACGAGCUACUCAAGUUUACCUCAGAAGACGAAUCGUAUAGCAGGGGUCUCCUCGAAGAAAAGACUAUAUACACACGUAGUACAAGUAAAAACGUGUAUCUAAAUCUAGCAGUUAAUACAAUCAAGCGAAUUAGGAAUGAAGCUAAUGCGAAAAAUAGUAACUCAUCAUCACCAUCGACUCCUCAAACGCCAACAAAAUCAGCUGAUGGAUCAAUUGGUAAUCGUCCAGUUUCACAUGAAAUGAUUUUGAAUGGUCCCCACGCUGAAGGUUGUAGCAUUGAAAAACGUAGAGUUAGCAUAAGUGUUCAAGAUUUAUCCGAUGCUCAACUUUACACCGCUCUGAAACGCUAUAUUAUGAGUAUUAACAAGCUGUCUGAGUACGGCUAUCCCAGACCUGACCCUCAAGUCAAAGGCAAAGCUAUUUUACCACCGAGUGAUGCUAAAUGUAAAAACAACUUUUCAUCAUCGAGACGAAUAUGUCAUAGAUGUAUGAAAAACUUUGCCGUUGAUGAAUUCGGUUACCCAUUGUCUUUAGAGACAUGUGUUUAUCAUUCUGGCCGUCUUUGGAACGAAAGAUUCAACAGAAGCAUUGAAAAAAAAUAUUCGUGCUGUAAGGGUGAUUCGUCCACUGGAGGCUGUUGUUCGGGAAAGUCCCAUGUAGUUGAUGGUACGUGUCAUCCUAACUACUUGAUGGGAUAUGUACAUACUGGACCAAAGGCAGCUGAUUCUAAUGGUUUUUUCGGCAUCUAUGCGUUAGAUUGUGAAAUGUCUUAUACAACUGUUGGAUUGGAACUGACUCGUGUUUCUGUUAUUGAUCAUAAAUUAAAAUGUGUUUAUGAAUCUCUUGUGAAGCCAGAUAACCCGGUUCUUGACUAUAACACCAAAUUCAGUGGAAUAAAAGAAGGUGAUUUGGACAAAGUUGAAGUUUCUUUGAAAGAUGUCCAGCAAAAAUUGUUAGCUCUGAUAGGAGAUAAAACUAUCCUUAUCGGUCAUUCUUUGGAGAGUGAUCUUAAAGCCUUAAAAAUUAUUCACGAUACUGUGAUUGAUACAGCGGAAGUUUUUCCACAUCGACGAGGCCUUCCUUAUAAACGCGCUUUGAGGACCUUAAUGGUUGAAUUUUUGCAGUCUAUUAUUCAAAAUGAUGUUGAUGGACACGACAGUCAAGAAGAUGCUGUCGCUUGUAUGAAAUUAAUGCUCUGGAAAGUCUCGCAGGAUUUAUCUAAAGUUAAACGCUGAUCCACUAUUUAAUAAUUACCUAAUUAUUUCUUACAAUCAAUUUACUUUUUUCAUAACCUCAUACUUUAUAUUUUUCCUCUUGGUCCAUCAAAUUUAUCUACUCACUAUGAUUUCGCCCCGAUAUACCUAUUGUAAUAUUAUACCAUUUAAAUGUCAUCAUCUAUUCAUUAUUAGUAUUUAUAAAUUUUUUAGAUGCAAUCGUUUCGGGUGAUUGUAAAUUAAAUUUGAGAUUUUGAGAAACAAUUUACACAUUAAAUUUUGCAAUAAAUUUGCCAACUUGAAAA